AUGGUGUUUUGUUACAAAAUUAUAACAGAGUCUCCGAGGCGUUCUCGAUGUCCCUCUCCGAAGAAAAUUUCACCGGUAUCCGUUUCGAAUGUUCAAAGCUCAUCUUCAGACCUCAUAGGUUCAAUAGACUAUGAAAGCAGUGGCUUGGAUUCGAUUCCCGCGAGGGAUAUAAAGUUACUACAGGCCUUAGCAAGAAAGAAGGAAGAAAACGUUGAAAGAGACAAACUAGCUGAACACUUCCAGAAGAUGUGGUUAAAAGAAAAAGAAGAAAGAGAGGCUAUGGAAGUCCAAACAUCAGAACAAUAUCGCCGCUACUUACACCAGAAACGAGUUCAAGAUAGAAGAUGGUAUGAAUAUCGUUCGAUGCAGCAGGAGGCCGUACAGCAGGCUAAGAGAGAGCAAUUGAUGUACUGCAUACAUCAUAAAGCACAGAAAAGCGCAGAGUUUAGAGCACGGAAAGAGGAUAGGGAGAUAAUGAAAGUAAUAGAUAGAUCGAUGGAGGAAGAAGCUCGUUUAUGUCUGGCUGCAGAGCGGCGAUUGCGACUCAACGCGGCGGACAGUUUGCGGAAAAGAGCUGAACUAUACCAUGCGGAACGAAAAGAGGACGAUGCCAGACUAAAACGGCGCGCUAUGUUACGAGAUACGGCUAAGCGUGUGGCAAUAAACAACGCCCUAACAAGUUGGGAGACAGCACUACAACGUCACGAGUUAGCCAGCGAGGACGCGGCGCGGCGUGCAACGUACGCGACGUUGUAUGCAAGGAAACGAGCACGUGGCUUUAGAGUGACGCGCGCUAUGGACAAGCGGCGCGCGAGAGCGAGACGUAUAGCUGCUGUCACGGAGCUCAUGCGGGACGCUAUUAGGAAUACCUAG